CGCACAACAAACAUGAAAGGCUACUCGAAACCAAAUGGUGCCGCUAACCGCAGCUGCCACAUGGACCAUGUCCAUGGUGGAUGUGGCGUCCUGUUAUUUCUGCUGACAGCGCUGACACUAACGAGCUUAAUAACGCCCACAGAGCAGUUGACAGCGACGUCGACGUCGGUGGCGACAUUGGCAAAUGGAACAGCAACAGCCCAGCCUAUGCCCACUUACACCAAAUCCAGCGACGCCGACGGCGACAUAGACGUUGACGUCAACAGCGCCGGCUUUAGUCCCGUAUUGGAACUCUCGGACUAUUACAAGCACAUGAAUGCGAAUCUGGUAAAUGGUGGCAGCGGCAGCGGCUUCAUAUUUCCGUCUGGCUUCAAUGGAACACUGCCGAUUGGCUUUGGCGGCGACCCGCCCAAUGGCAGCGGCGCCUACAAUCCAAUGCAGGGCUGCCGCCGAGACGGCAGCUUUGGUCUGAAGCUCAUCACGAUGAUACUCUAUGCGCUUGUCUGCAUUGUUGGUCUCUUUGGCAAUACGCUAGUCAUCUAUGUGGUGUUGCGCUUCUCCAAGAUGCAGACGGUCACCAAUAUCUAUAUACUCAAUCUGGCCAUAGCGGAUGAGUGCUUUCUGAUUGGCAUUCCAUUUUUACUCUACACAAUGCAGGUGGGUAACUGGCCAUUUGGCAACUACAUGUGCAAGGCCUACUUGGUGAGCACCUCGGUGACGCAGUUCACCUCCUCUAUAUUUUUGCUCAUCAUGUCGGCGGAUCGUUAUAUAGCCGUAUGUCAUCCGAUAUCAUCGCCCCGCUACCGUACCCCGUUUGUCUCUAAAGUGGUCUCGGCCGUGGCCUGGACGACAUCGGUGUUGUUAAUGCUGCCGGUCAUUUUAUUUGCCAGCACAUUCGAGUCUGGUCCAGGUCACGUCUCCUGUAGCAUUAAUUGGCCCGAAGCAUUUAAUAUACAAUCAGACUCUGCGUUUAUUCUGUACUCUUUGGUACUGGGCUUUGCGACGCCGCUGAUUUUCAUCAUGAUCUUUUACUGCCUGGUCAUACGUAAGCUGCACACGGUGGGCCCCAAGCACAAGAGUAAGGAGAAGAAACGCUCACACCGCAAGGUUACCAAACUGGUGCUGACCGUGAUUACUGUAUACAUUAUGUGCUGGCUGCCCCAUUGGAUAUCACAGGUGGCAUUGAUUAACUCAACGCCCGGCUGUGCCUCCAGGCUGGAGCUGGCAGUUUUUCUGGCCUGCGGCUGCCUUAGCUACUCAAACUCGGCGAUGAAUCCCAUACUCUAUGCCUUCCUUAGCGACAACUUCAAGAAGAGCUUUAUGAAGGCCUGCACUUGUGCGGCACGAAAGGAUGUGAAUGCCCAGCUGCAGCUGGAAAACAGUUUCUUUCCCAAGUUUGGCAAGGGGCGACAAUCGGAGCGCUUGAUUGGCCCCAACGCCACUGCAAAUAACAGCAAGGCCAAGAAGAGGGCUCAGGCUAAUGCCCGGAACAAUAAUGCGCAAAUGACCACAACUACAACGACAACCACGGCUGGCACAGACGUCGUUACCUCCAUACAGCCUGUGGCAAUAACUCAUACGGCACCCGAGGUUACACCAACCGCUGGCGCCGCCCUGCUCGUUGUCAACGCCGAGACCAACUGUAAGCCACCGGUGCUCCAUACGGAUUUAUAAGAGCGGGCUCCCGGUAUGCCGCUCGAGACGGUUGUAUUUAUAGCGCGCAGAUGAGUG